AUGGGUCGUGACGAUACACACACCAUCAUCACAGACUUGACGGUAUGCUACUACUACGGUACUGAGAGCUCCAAAUCACUCGAACACAAUCGCCAAAGCUGGUACCGCAUACAGAAGAAUCUAUAUCUACACACGGCAGAAAACAGUGCAUUCAUUCACGUCGCGCAAGCUAGAGAAGAAGAUUUGAGCGCUGAACAACCAGUCAUCACGAAUGUGCGCAUUGGCAAACCGCAAUUCGAAAGUUCGACAUGGGAAGAACGCCCGGCUGGCCUCUGGAUCAGAAGAAGCAAGUUCGUCAAAGGCAGCAACGCAUAUCUUACAGGCGUGGACAUCUUGUUCGGGUCCGAUGCCGUAGAUCCUCGCCCAAAAUGGACGAUUCUUGAUCAAUCAUUGCAACUUGAGCACGCUCCUCCGACAACGCCCAGCCCUAGACUGACUCUCAGAUACGGUCAGCCAAUCCCACGAUCGCACCACCCGGUACUGCGCGCACGUGAAGACGGAGUUGGCGAGUGUAAAGACGCAUUGGGGCCUGAUGGGCAGGCUCUACCAGUUCACGAUGCUGACCCCCACACUGUGAGGCUUGUUGGCCAUAUUCUAGACAUUGAGCAGCCUGAUCUCGUUGUCUUCACUGGUGAUCAACUCCAUCAUGAUAUUUUGGAUAGCCAAACAGCGCUAUUCAAAGUGGUUGCUCCGGUCAUAGAACGUUCGAUUCCUUGGGCGGCGAUUUUUGGGAAUCAUGACAGUGAAGGCGACUUCGCAUUGUCGCGUACCGCGCAAAUGGCGCUAUACGAGGAGCUUCCUUUCAGCCUCUGCGAACCGGGCCCUGAGAAGGUCUAUGGCGUCGGAAAUUCCUACAUUCAUGUGUACCCGCACAAGUCAUCGGACGUACCUAUGUCAACUAUAUAUUUACUGGACUCCCAUGGGCAGGUAAACUCCGACACCCAAAGUCCAGACUAUGAGGCAAUUCAACCGAGUCAGAUCGAAUGGUUCCGGCACAUCUCUCGCGAGUCAAAGGAGAAACAAGACACAGAUUCUCAUCGCCACCACAGUUAUAAAUCGCUAGUCUUCAUUCACAUUCCGUUCCCAGAGUUUGCGGAUGAUGAUAAGCUCCUCCGGAGGGGUGGACAGCGCAGAGAACCUACAGAAGGUCCAAGCUUCAACACUCAUGUCUACGAUGCGUUGGUGGAAGAAGGAGUGACAGCAGUAGGCUGUGGACAUGAUCAUGUGAACGAUUUCUGUGCCCUAGUCAAAGAAGCGGAUGGCGUUGCUCGACAUGUGCCUUGGCUAUGUUACAAUGGCGGCAGUGGCUUUGGGGGCUACUGUUCAUACGGCGAAAACCGGUAUCAUCGGAGAACGCGGAUUUGGGAGCUGCAUACGGAAAGCAAGGCCGUCAAGACGUGGAAAAGAGUGGAGUACCAGGACCAAAGGCAAGAUGAGCUAGUCUUGAAUAUGGAUGGCGGAGCUGGCACCUAG